GCUCCGUGCCGUGUAGUUGGUACAGUCCACUUGCCGGUUGGAGUUGUUGCUGAGGAGCUUCUUGUUCCACACAAACCGUUAAACUGCUAUGCAGCCGUCGCGCGGGUCCUGUUGCAGAGACCGCAGGGUUUUACAAAAAUGUUUCCGUCUUAUCAACGGAGUAACCCCGGACAGCAGGGCAAGGUCGCGUUAUUUUACCUUUUCUGCAGUCUCACAGGCGUGUGGGGCAGUCAGGUGCUGGUGCCUCAGAGGGUGAACGCUGUGCUGGGGAAGAACGUGACGUUGGAGUGCCGGGUGGAAGUGGCUUCCAACCUCACUCUCACUCAGAGUUCCUGGGAGCGUCGGCUGCCGUCGGGCUCCGUCACAGUGGCUGUUUACAACCCCCUCUACGGCAUCUCCAUCCCUCCGGAGUUUCUCAAUCGCCUGUAUUUCCGCUCGCCCUCCUCACACGACGCCACCAUUGUCUUGGGAAACGUGGGAUACGCUGACGUUGGGAUCUAUACCUGCAAGGUGGCCACGUUUCCUCUCGGAAACACUCAAGCCUCCACUACUGUCAAUGUACUCGUGGAGCCGAAGGUCUACGUGUCUGCAGGUUCGUCCGCUCUGAUCGACGGUGGCAACGACACUGUGGUGGCCACCUGCAUUGCGGAGCGAGCCAGGCCCCCCGCUGAGGUGUCCUGGGAAUCCAACCUUUUUGGACAGUCCGAAGUGCAGCUGUUUGACGAGGCCAACGGCACAACCAGCACGCAAGUGAGCUACCUGUGGCAGCCCACACGUCACAUCCAGGGCCACGCACUCACCUGUGUCGUCCGCCACCCGGCCCUGCAGAGGGACUUCAGGAUCCCCUACCAACUCAAUGUGCAGUUUGCUCCUGAUAUCUCUGUUGUGGGCUAUGAUGGAGACUGGUAUGUUGGUCGGAAAAAUGUUCAAAUGGCAUGCAAAGCCAAUGCAAACCCACCGGCUAAUCACUUCAGAUGGAUCAGAUUGGACAGUGAAAUGCAAGAAGGGGUGGAAAUAAUGAACAGCACUUUGCUCUUCCUGCGACCCCUCCAGCGGAACGACUCUGGAGUUUACAGGUGUGAGGUUGCCAAUGACAUCAGCCUCCGAAGUCGGGAUGUGCGCAUUCUCAUACAAGAUCCUCCCACCAUGCCUUCCACCAUAACUGUUCCUGUCCUAACUGGCUCUGCCUCCUCCACCUUAGUCGAUGAUAUGGGGCAUGUCCUUCUCAGCUCCCCAACACUCAAAGCCCUACCUGAGAGUAAUCUCGGUUCCAUAGUGGGUGGGGCUGUGGGCGGGGCCUUGUUUCUGCUACUGCUGCUGUGUCUGGUUGGCGUGUGUUACCUACGGAAACAGCAAACCUUCCACGGGAACUACUACACCAAACAGUGCCUGGGCCCCAGUGACCUCCAGAAAGCCCCCACGCAGCACGAGCUCCACCCCACUAAAGCUGGAAGCGGCUCCCACCAUCGGGACCACGACCGAGAGGAGUGGGGCGACCGCCAGCUCAAACAGGAGCGUGACCGUCGUCACCAUAGCAACUACAAUGGAGAGGAGUAUCCCCCGAAUGGCUACACUAGGGCAAUGAGGGAGAGCAGCCAUCCCAGCAAUCAGCAGAAUCCCCACCCUGAACACAUGCAGUAUUCCAGCCCUCGGCAGGCCAGAUGUGCCAGAUACCCUCACUCACCUAAAGCGCAGAGAAACGGCGCCCCCUGCCUGUCAGAUGAAUGCUACGAUAGCGGGCCGCAGGGCGACUAUGUCUCUCACACAGACGGGUCGGUCAUCUCGCGUAGGGAGUGGUACGUUUGAUGUUCCUGAAGGGACGAGACACAAAGCAGAAGGUCUCAAUUCUGUAGUCUCUCUGAUUUGGAGUUUCCUGGUUGAUACUUGAGACAUAACGUUUGUGUUCUUGAUGUGGGCAGACUGAGUAACCAACAUCUAAAUUCCUACACAAGUCUACUUGUCUCUAGUUUGUGUGUAGAGACUAACUAGAGGUUAUGUAAAAGCGUUUGCCUUACUAAACGGACUGCCAAUGCAUUUACUUGUAUGUCUUUCAGUUGAGUGGAAGCCUUGGGGGCUUGCAGACCACAUAUGGAUGUUGUAGAAAGACAACUUUUUUUUUUGUUGAUUUUACACAAUCUGCCUUCUUUGGCUAAAUGUCACUCUUAGUUUAGAUGACUUUUGAUUAUCAAUGGCUGGUAUUCAAAAAUGGUGCAGAACUGCUGACUAGAAGUAAUAACCCGGCAUUUUUUCUAAAACUCAGUCGGACGCAGUAGGCUAAUUUAAAAAAAGAUAUUCAUCCCAUUGAGAAAUCAGAAUGACUUCAUAACUGAUGACCUCUGCACACAGAUCUAUAACCAUAAGAUGUUGCACUGCCUUUUGCAAAACCUAUAUGGACAACAAUGUCAUUUUUCUUCUUCUACCUAUUGUGUAACUCGCCAUGAUGGGAGCCUUGCAAGCUUGAGGACUUGACCACCGAUGUCCUAGUGAUGUCCUCUCUAAAGCUGGCGGGGUAGAGUGGGAACCCUAAGAGCGUCUCUACACCCUCGGGAGAGCCAGUGGGGCUGAGGCAGUCCACUGUAACAACGGACUGGAUUUCUCAGUCGAGCCUUGAAAGGCAAACAUGCUACAAAAUUCUGCACUUUUAGAUAAGCUUGAAUUCUAUGACUUCUGUUUUACAUUUGUGUCAUUUAAUGAUUUGGGGGAGAUUUUCUAGUUUCUUGAUUUAGCCUCAAACGCAUUCUCCUGUUCUCUACCGGAUGGUAACGGACGUGUUGGAGAGUUUGCACUCUGACAGCUACCCAGGCCUCUUGGAAAUUCAAGAGUCCUGUCAGCCGGGGUAUUGUUGAAAGCAGGCUACAGUAUGGCAGGCACCAUACGCCGGCCUCCCAGUCUCAAAGUAUUUUGUUUCACAAAGAAGUCAUUGAAGAGUGCCACCAGUACACCGGACUAAUUUAAUCUGUAGAGAAAGACACAAUCACAUUCUGAGGCAUUAAUAAGCUUAUUGUUGGUCAUCCAUGUGUCUACGUGUGCAACGGCACACUCUAGUCAUUUUCACCAGUCGUCUGUGUUUUUUGAAUUAAGCAUUUAAUACUACUAGUAUUAUUACAGUCAAUUCGACAUUAAGACAAUUCAGGUCACUAGUGAGGAAUGUGUGUUCUCAAAGCCACAGCACAGUGCUUUCUCGCAAGAUUGGACGAAAAUAUCUAUUUGCACGUUGAGUCAUAGUUAUUCUUUGAGAAAAUAUAAAUGAAUACACCCUUUUAUUUAUUUUUAUCCAUAAAUGGUUUUCCAGCUGGAUUUAUUCAUUUCUAACAAGCAGCAUUUAUUAAUCAAGUUUCUCCAGUGUUGCAGGUGUAAAAGAACUGUGAGUGAAGCGAGGACAACGUGUUUUAGGUCUGUGUCGUUGGGCCCAGUACUCAGGGGUCAGACUUAGAUGAAGCCAUUAUAGAUUUAAAAAUACGUUUGUUUUUGUACUUGAUCAAUUACACACAGUUCAUUUAAUGUUAGUUAUUUACCAGGCAGAUUGGAAGAGAUCCAACAAUUUCUUUCAAACGUACUAGCUUGUGAAUACAUGUCAACUUUAUGGUCACUUAUACAAUUUAGCUGCCAGAUGCCAAAUAUUUGUUUAACUUGUAUGUAUAAGUAAGAUAACAUAAGUAUUGCUGACUAGCUAACAACUGAUCAUAAGCUUAUAUAAAUGACUAACGUAUCACUGUUGUCUACAGGGUCUUGUAGCCUGAAAUAAAAGUGAAAAGAUGCUUUAGGCCACUUAUAAUACAGUAACAGGUGUCAAAUGGGGAAGUAGUAAUAUUGUUAUGAACCCUCACUAAUUAUUUGUCAGGAUGUGAAUUUUUGUGCGGUGAGUAGGCUGCGAUUCUCAUGGUAACAUUUGAUAAUGUGUCACUGCAGAUCAUGCUGUGCAACUCCUUCCAGGGGCUGUACACCACAACUCAUUUAUGCUCAUGGAAAGAAGCUUCCUAUUCUAACAAGUAGCUAAGUUUUCGUUGACUCCAAUUCAUUGAACAUAAUUCCUCACUUACCACUAGUGGUGUCCAAAAACACUGGAUGAUCUAUAGAGCCCCGUCUUGGUAGAAUCUGUUUACAGUGUGGAUCACCCGAAGUAACUCCGUUUCUGUGAAGUGUCUUUAAUGCAAUGUUUCAAUGUCACAAGCUCCUCAAACAAAAUGUCUACCGUCAUUGUAUUGGUGUGGAGUUCUGAGACAAUAUCAUUAACCGUCUGAAUUAUUAGACAUUGUUAUUGACAUUGUUAAUGACUGUUCAGAAUGAUGUGUAUAGUUGGCAAUUUUUGAACCACAAAACCUAAUUUAGACAGUUGAAUUAAAUGUAAGGUUUUGGGGGUGGCUGUGCUGCUAAGGGCCGAUUAUUUAUUUUAUUUUAUUUUUCUGCCUUUCUGGUCACUGUUGCAUAAAUGCAGCAAAUAACAGCAAGCAGAGCAUCGUAGCACCUUCUGGUGUUUGCUUCUAUGCACCAAGAAGGAAAUUCCACUAAUCUAUAUACUAUUUUUGCUUCACAUGUCAGUUUUCAGCCCCCCUCUGGAUGAAUUCAUUUAUUUUCUACCCUGACAUGUGUUUGAUCAGACAUCAAUAUCUUUAAACCUUGAUAAAUGUCCUUCACUUUGGGUUGAGAACUGCAACUAGUGCCUUAGAUAUGUAGAAGAAACAUGUGGUCUCUUAUCAUUUACUAAUGGAUUUAAGAACUGGUUUGGUUGCUCUGAGAUUUAUUUGUUUGUCUUUUUUUGUUUUCUGCUUACUUGUGUGUAAGGACUCCAUAGUGCCACAUUCCCUUUUCUGCCCCAGUCACCGUGACCAUUAAUGGCGUAGUAUAUGUAAACAUGGAGGCAUUACACAGAAAACGACAAAGUUGGAAUGCAUUGUUCCUGUAAAAUGAGUGGGAGCAUCUUUUCGAUCAGGGCCUUUAGUUUUCUGUAGGGAAGAAUUAACUUCAGUCUCACAUUGUCAAUGUAAAAAAACCUUGUCAUGUAUUUUUUUUUUGUAUAUACAGAAAAAAAUCUCUGGAAAAAAAUAUUUCUGUCAGCGACAACAGUGCAGCAUUAUUUUGUCAAUCUUUUUGAGAUAUUUUAGUUCAAUAAAGCACCUUAGCACCUGUGA